GAAUGUGGAAGGUGCCCGCGUGCUCUUCCCGGCAUCCUCCUGGCCGCCCGCACGAUGCCAGGUGGAAGCGGCAACGCUAUCCCCGUCUGAUCAAUCCGCCAGUGCCCGGCUGCCAGAGGCUACCGCCGCUCCUUCAUCCAUCAUACUCUGCCCCUUUCCCUUCACGAUAAUACUAUAUGGAUACGGGAGGAUAAAACACUGUUGAAGGCUGCACAUCCGGAAAGUAGAAUAUCAGCCCCAGAAACAAAGAUAAAGUCUGCUUCUGGAUCAACAAUGUGCCAACAGCCAUAUCGCCACACAACUCUGCCCCAGACUUUGCAACCUCUUGCUAUUGAACCUCUACUCUUAAAGCAACCCCAGAAUCUUCAGUCUACCUCAUCUGCAGUGAUGUCACGAUCCUCACAGUUGUUACCCGCACAGAUGUGUAAACCAUCUCAAUCAGAGCUUGUUCUUUUGUCACAAGAGAAAGUACCUUCCUUUGAUGCACCCCAAGAUCCUAUUUUAGCAGACCUCUGUAGGCCAUUACUUUGUAAAUUGUGCAAUGUAUCCCUGAAUUCAACACAGCAAGCACAGGCACAUUAUCAGGGCAAAAACCACUCAAAGAAACUUCGUAAUUAUUACGCUGGGCAUCAGUGUGUGGCUACUCCCAAACUGACUCAUUUUGUAGAUCAACCAGGCAUACAACUUCACCCACCAGCAUCCCAGUCAGGAUCCUCCAAGACGGCAGGUCGUGUGAUACUGGCCACAGCAAAUGAUUACUGCAAACUCUGCGAUGCUUCUUUUAGCUCCCCAGCUGUGGCACAGGCACAUUAUCAAGGAAAGAACCAUGCCAAGAGACUGCGGCUAGCAGAGGCUCAGAAAUCCAAUUCAUUUUUAGAGGCAACAGAGCUCACAAAGAGAAGACCAAGGAAAGAAGGGAAUGAAUUUAAAAUUGUGCCAAAUCGUCGUAAUCUACAUGGAGUUCAAAAUACACUAGGUCCUUACUCUAAUCCACGCUCCCGUCAACGGAUUCCACGUGACCUAGCAAUGUGUGUAACACCAAGUGGACAGUUCUACUGUUCAAUGUGUAAUAUUGGUGCAAGUGAGGAACAAGAAUUUCGGCUUCAUCUUGAAAGCAAACUGCAUAAGAGCAAGGUGUCAGAGCAACGAUACCGCAAUGAGAUGGAAAAUCUUGGCUAUGCAUGAAGCCUUGGAAAUAAGUGCAUCUUGAAACUUUAUGAGAUGGUUAUAAUUGUUGAUGACACAUUCACAAUUUCUGUAUAGAAAAUGUAAAGA